AUGUCAGGAAUGGAGGCCAAUGUGACCAUCCCAAUCUGGCAAAACAAGCCGCGUGGGGCUGCUCAAAGUAUAGUGAGAAGAAUCGGGACCGACCUGCCCCUGAAGCCAUGUCCCCGGGCAUCCUUUGAGACCCUGCCCAACAUCUCUGACCUGUGUCUGAGGCAUGUACUGCCAGUCCCUACUCUGGCUGACAUCGUCUGGAUUCCUGCAGAUGUAGAGGAGACUUAUGUCCUGGUCAGGAGCCAUACACGCCCCCUGAGGCACACCUGCAAGCCCAGCCCUCUGAUCGUCAUUCAGCGCAAUGCCUCAGUGCCCAAACUGCGUGGGUCGGAGGAGAGGCUUCUGGCCUUGAAGAAGCCAGCCCUGCCAGCCCUUGGCUGCACCAAAGAGCUGCAGGAUGAGCUGAGCCACCUGCGCAGCCAGAUUGCUAAAAUAGUGUCAGCUGAUGCAGGAAGUUCAAUUGUCUCUUCUCCCUUACCUUGUUUUGGAUCCUCAUUCCACUCUACAACUUCCUUUGUCAUUAGUGACAUCACCAAGGAGACCAAGGUACAGGUCCCUGAGCUUCCAUCAGUCCCCCUGCUUUGUUCUGCCAGCCCUGAAUGUUGCAAACCAGAACACAAAGCUACCUGCAGCCCGUCUGAAGAAGAUGACUGCGUCUCUCUGUCCAAGGCCAGCAGCUUUGCAGAUAUGAUGGAUAUCCUAAAGGACUUCCACCGAGUGAAGCAGAGCCAAGACCUGAACUGGAGUUUAUUGAAGGAGGAAGACCCUGCCAUGCUUACCUCUGAGGUCCUAAGGAGGAAGUUUGCUCUGAAGGAAGAAGAUACCAGUAGAAAAGGAAAUUGA